AUGGCGCGUUCGCAGUUACCCAUCGAGGCUUUCCCAGCCUGGGCUGCCCUGAACAAUGUAGAUUUUGCAAACGCAGAAAUACGCAACAUUGAGGGCAGAGGCCUCGGCCUUGUUGCCAAACAUGAUCUCACGGAUGCGGGCCAUGAUGCUCCGAGCUCACAAGCGAUCAUUCGAAUACCUCGGGAUCCUGUUUUAUCUGCAGAAACAGUAGAGGAAUAUGCCAAGGUUGAUCGGAAUUUCAAGCAGCUGCUCGAUGUUGCUGGGCACCAAAGCACCAGGGGCGAUAUCAUGCUGUAUCUUUUGACUCACAUUAUCCAAUCAAAAGAAGCUUCUUCAAAUGCCAGAUUAUUUGCUUCAACGCCGUGGACCGAGUAUAUCAAGUUCUUGCCUCAAUACAUCCCCAUCCCCACCAUGUGGACGAAUGACGAGAGACAACUACUCAAAGGCACAUCUCUUGAGGCAGCGUUGAGUGCCAAGCUAUCUGCGCUUUCACACGAAUAUGAUGAGAUUAGCGAGCAAGCAUCAAAGAUACCCUUUUGGUAUGAUCUUUUCUGGGACACUGCAAAGGUGGAGGAUUGGAUCCUAGCCGAUGCCUGGUAUCGCUCACGAUGUUUGGAGCUUCCUCGAGCCGGCCAUGCCAUGGUACCUGGACUGGAUAUGGCGAACCACUCACAGACCCAUUCUGCGUACUACGAUGAAAGUUCUGACGGCGAUGUGGUACUACUUCCAAGUUCAGGGUCAAGGGUAUUAUCAGGUGAAGAGAUUACCAUCUCAUAUGGAAAGACAAAGUCACCAGCCGAGAUGCUGUUUAGCUACGGCUUCAUCGACCAUGACCCCUCUGUUAGGGAACUGGCACUACACGUCGCUCCGUUACCCGACGACCCUCUAGGAAGAGCCAAACUCCGCGUUUACAAUGGACCCCCCACGGUUCGGCUAUCUCUGACAGAGCAAGGCGUCCAGUGGAACAGCCCUUUCCUAUACUUGCUAGUUCUCAAUGAGGAAGAUGGUCUCGCUUUCCGCAUAGCGCAAGACACGUCAGGGGAGCGCCAACUGAAGCUUCUUUGGCAAGACGAAGAUAUUACGGACCAAACUGACGAUCUUGAAUCGCUUGUGCAGAGCCACGACCUGUACCAAGUGUUUAAGCUUCGAGCUGUAGCCGUUCUGGAGGAGCGGGUUGCGAUGCAGCUGGACAGAAUCUCCUCCGGACUCUCGUACGGGGUAACGGAGCAACCACAAGCAGCAAAUCAGCCGCGUGCGGAGUGCAUGCUAGCGGCUGAGACUUUGAGAGAUCUUGAAACCCAGGUCCUGCAAGGUGUGGCGGAGGCGCUAGAAAACGAGAAAGCAAGGCUGCUUCUGGACGCAGGCGUAGUGACAUAUCUCGGGUCUAUGGAAGAUGCCCAAAACGAGCAAGCGUCUGAGCCAGCAGCCAAUGAAGACGACGAUUUCAGCUAA